AUGGGAAUAUACUUGGCAUAACCAAUAACAACUAAAAAAGUUGUAAAUGGGUAAAAUCAAAGAUUGGAGUUCUGCGCAGCAUCAAUGCAAGGCUGGAGAGCAUAAAUGGAAGACGCUCAUAUCUCUUGUUUAGACUUUGAUGGAGAAGGCAAGCAUAUAUUUGGUGUUUUUGACGGACAUGGUGGUAAAGUAGUUGCAGAGUUUGUAGAAAAAUAUUUUAUAAAAUAAUUAGUUGAAAAUUAGAGUUAUAAAAAUGGUUAAUAUGUUUAAGCCCUAGAAGAGACGUUUUUGUGUAUGGAUUAAUUAAUUACAAGCCCUUUAGGAAGAGAAGAACUAUAAAAUACAAAUGCAGGAUGCACAGCGAAUGUUUGUCUUAUAGUAAACAAUAAAUUAUAUUGCGCUAAUAGUGGAGAUUCUAGAUCAGUAAUAUGUGUUGGAGGAAAAGCAGUAGAAUUAAGUGAAGAUCAUAAACCUGAAAAUUAAAUUGAAAAAUAAAGGAUACAUAAGGCAGGAGGAGAAAUUUAUAAUGGAAGGGUUAAUGGAAAUUUAAAUCUUUCAAGGGCUCUUGGAGAUAUGGAGUAUAAAAGAAAUUUAGCAGAUGAAAAUAAUAAAGAUCCUAAGUCUUUCCUGAUUAGUGCAUUUCCUGAUGUGAAAGAAUUUGAAAUUAAUACAGAUGCAAAUUUAAUUGUAUUAGGUUGUGAUGGAAUUUGGGAAUGUAAAACAAAUUAAUAAAUUGUAGAAUAUUUUAAUGAUAAAAGUUAAGUCCUUUAAAAUUAGGUUGAAUAAUUCUUAGAUUCUAUUCUUGCUCCUUGCACUUAAGGAAAUAUGGUUGGGCUUGAUAAUAUGAGUAUUAUUGUUGUUAGAAUUAAACAUUGA